ACCAGCCUGUUUCCUUGGACGGCGCUCAACUGUUUCCUUGGUGACUUUCCCUCCCCUCCCUCCCCUCUAAUGGCCCAACCGGUGUCGCCGACGCCGCCACCGAUCGACCUCCGGGAUCUGAAGGCGGUCUCUGUCCUAGGCCGCGGCGCCAAGGGCGUGGUCUUCCUCGUCCGUGGCGGCGGCGCCGCCCAGUCGACCGAGCCCCUCGCCCUCAAGGCCGUCUCUCGCUCCUCCAUCGAGAAGAAAAGGGCCGCCUCUGCCCCCGGCGACGCCUACCGUCGGGUGUGGCUCGAGCGCGAUGUCCUCCUCACCCUCCACCAUCCCUUGCUCCCUUCCCUCCGAGGCGUCGUCUCCACCGACAAGAUCGUCGGCUUUGCCAUCGACCGAUGCUCCGGCGGCGAUCUCGCCUCCCUCCGCCGCCGCCAGAGCGAGAAGAUGUUCUCCGACGAUGCGAUCAGAUUCUACGCCGCUGAGUUGGUGUUGGCGCUGGAAUACCUCCACGGAUUGGGGAUCGUGUAUCGAGAUCUGAAGCCGGAGAACAUCCUCAUCCAAGACAACGGCCACCUAAUGCUAGUCGAUUUCGAUCUCUCCACCAAACUCCCACCCAAAUCACCGCUGAAUCCGCUAGGUUCCACCUCUUUCCGCCGCCGUGAACUGGCGCCGGAGCGCAAUGGCAACAAGGAAGAAGUGAAAAAGAAAAACACGAAAAGGAAGGAACGGCGCUUACUGGGUUGUUUCUCCUUCAACUCCGGCGUCUCGCCGGAAGCCACCGAAUCCGCCGCCUCCGCAGGGAACCCUACGCCGCCGUCGACCGAGUCAUCAUCGAGCGGGAAGUCGAACUCGUUCGUGGGGACAGAGGAAUACGUGGCGCCGGAGAUCAUCCAGGGGCGAGGCCACGACUUCGCCGUCGACUGGUGGGGACUGGGCGUGGUGCUCUACGAGAUGCUCUACGGGCGGACGCCCUUCCGGGGGCAGGAUCGGAAGGAAACCUUCUACCGGAUCCUGACCAAGCAGCCGGAGCUCACCGGCGAGCCCACUCCAUUGCGACGCCUCCUCCGUCGCCUCCUCGAGAAGGACCCCGCGCGGCGGAUCUCGUGCGAGGGAAUCAAGGCGCACGAAUUCUUCGAGGGGAUCAUCUGGGAUGAGGUACUCCGGGUAGCGCGGCCGCCGUUCAUCCCUUCGCUAGCGGAAACGGGGGAGGAAGAGGUUGAAGGUAUCGACGGCGUCGAGGGGCUAGACGUCGAGCGGACGGUGGAGGAAAUUUCCGCCUCCAAGGAAGAAGCGGCCGAGGCGGUAACAACCUCCUCCGCAGAAACGCCGGCAGAUUUUUUCUCCGCUUUCUAAUUUUUUAUUAUUAUUAAUAUAUGAGAAAAAUAUAUUGCUUUUAUUUUUUAGAAUAAUUUAUGAGAAAAAGAAACAAACUUUCUAUUUGUUUAUUUUUUUUAAAUGUAAAAAGAAUUGGAAAAAAGAAUUGCAACGUUACAGCGUUCUUUUAAAAGUAA